AUGUCAACAGAGAACUCCGUGGUCCUGCAUCCGCGAACAGUUCUUGAGGAUAAGUCAUCCAACCCUUUCAAUGUCGAGAAUGGUCAGGCAGAAGGGGCCGCGACCUGCCUCUUUUUAAUGACUCACCCUUUUUUCUUUUUGGCCGAGGUUCGCAGUGUUUGCAUUUUUGGUCUGGAGGGUGUUGGCAAGGUCCACUUUGUUGUUGGCUAUCCUCACGCUUUUGGAUUUGCUGUUCGCCGCCACGUCGGCAGAAUUCGCAUUUCUGGCCUUCCUUACAGAGUUCGCACUUUUCGACCAGGUCGUUCUGACAUUUUCCAUAUUGGCAGUGUUCACACUUUUCACCCGAGCCGUGUUUACAUUCCAGGCUUCGCACACAGUGUUCGCAUCUUUGCGUUGGGCUGUGUUGAUGUUGGCAUUUUUUGCGUUGCUGGCCUCGAUGGCCGUGCUGGCAGUGGCAGUCUAUCCCGUCUUUUAGUUGGCAACACUCGCAUUCUAGACGCUCUUGUUCGACAAGUUGGCAGUGCAGGCAUUUUUGGGUUGGAAGUUGUUGGCGAAGUUCACGUUGUUGUUGGCUGA